CUGCCUUCGAGAAGUCACCAGAUUAACGCGCUGCUACUAUACAAACUCCUGCGGCCCUGACCACCAGUUUGUGAACCACAAACGACGCCUUCGCAAACCGAGACCUCUACCGCCGCUGCCUAUCCUUCACCGAAGCCCUAUUUUCACCACCGCCAGUCUCAGCCUCACCUUCCCUGGCCGCCGUCCGAAUGCAAGACGACAGUAUGACCUUCAAAUCAAUGUCGACCUCCGGCACCUCAUCCAGUAAGGCUAGCAGCCUCUUUGACCUUGACGAACACGGCAAUAAAUCUAUUCUUGUCUACAAGUAUCGCUCGGGCGCAAAGGGUCUCGAAGUCAGGACCGAACAGGACCUCUGUGAAGAGCUGGAUCGAGAACCCAACCUCAACUUCAUGCGCGUUACCAAGAAGCCCAUUCCCCGCGGUAACAGCCGGCUCGAGAUACUAGGCGAAGACCUCAUGCUCCCCGACGAGCGUGAGAAGUAUGCCGACAAGCCCACGCUCAAGGUCUCUGUCGCCAACGUCGGGCUGCCCAGGACCGCCAAGUGGAAGCACAUGAUCUUGGGCACCUACGAAGAUCUCUACAUCGUGUCGCGAUCGCCCACACAGACGCCAGAGUCGAGUAAGAAUAGCAGUCCAGAGUCGUCACAGCACGUCAGUCCGGCGACAACAUUUCCUACCGACACUCCGCAUCCCUUGCGGGAUCUUGAUGCGUAGCUGGCGGCGUGCGGCUGAGAGGCGUGCUGAUCUCGGAUCGAAUGUCUGGAUGUGAUGCGUGUCUCACAUCCCUUGCUGCCACCAACAACAUGGCGUCACCGUGGGUUUCGCUGAGAGGUCAUCCGCAGCCAUAGGCCUUCGAGAGGUCGUGCCUUCCGCUGCUGCAAGUGUCAGAGUACGCUGUCUUUCCUUAUAUACGUUUUAUAGCGCCACUAUUCGAUACCCAACGAGCAUUGCUCACAAGCACGGCGCUGGAUGGAGUUUGGAUUUUGCUUUCGAUGAAUAUUUGCCCGGCGCGGAAUCCGCUGGGAACAACUCUGACGGAACCUUUGUACUGAGAAAGCAGCUCUGUUCCUUUGGAUAGUCAACGACAAUGUCAAAUGCUUUCCUCAG